CUUUAGGCAUAUCACUUAAAAAUUGCAUGAUGUGUGAUCAGUUGGAGAUUCUGAACAGGGAGAUUGAAAGGUUAUUACAGAACAACAGCGUGGAAGAAGGCACUUUAAACUCGGACUGUCUUCAGCCAUCAGUGACUGACUCCCUGGAUAUAAUCACUGAUUCAGACAAUGGAGCAAAAUACGUAUUAGAGCAGGAGCCAGCAGGAAAAGGAGGAUUGGUAGUAUUUGGCCCUGCUGACCACUCAGAGACUCAGUCUGGCACUUCUGAAUCAAGAAGUUCAGCAUGUGCUGGAAGGAUAAUGCUGAAUGACUCUGAUCCUUUGCUGCCCUCCUCUGGCUCUCCUUUUCAUUCAGCUCUGCAGGGAAAAACCGUUCGAACCUCUAAUGCUGUGUCAGCGUUUCAGGGUGGGGACAGUGGCGUCCGUACUAUGGAACAAGCUGUAAGUUCACAGCCAGUGCCAUUAGAAUCUGAAUCUAAUACUGACAACAUGGAAAAUAGUUCUCCUGCAUCAGUUUUGGAUGAGAAAGGUGAGCAAAGCAAUGAGGAGGAACAAAAAACCAUCAAGCCUACAAGUAAAGAGUUCAGGAAAACCUGGGGGUUUCGAAGGACUACAAUUGCUAAGCGAGAAGGUGCAGGAGAGGCUGAUGUGGACUCUAGUGAACAACAGCCUCAACAGCAGCAGCAAAGCUUAAACCUCAGGCGUAGUGGACGGCAACCAAAGCGAACGGAAAGAGGGGAAGAAUUUCUUACAACGGUAAGACGCAGAGGAAGGAGGAGUGUUCCUACUGCUCUGGAAGAUUCAGGGGAACCAGCAUCCUGUCCAGCCACAGAUGCUGAAACUGCUUCAGAAGACAGUGUUGAGAGCACUCCAGAUACAAAACCUGCAACUCGGAGGAUUGGCACUAGGAGUAGUAAGGAACAGAAAGGCUCUAAAAGCAGACGCACAAAAGAGGAAGAAGAAGAGGAGGAAGAGGAGGAGGAAGAAGAGGAAGAUGAUACUUCUGAUAGUGAUAGUGAUGGAUUAACUCUAAAGGAACUGCAGAAUCGACUAAGAAAGAAACGUGUUGAACAGAAACCUGUGCAGCUGACGUUGAAAGAUAUACAAAACCGCCUGAGGAAAAGAAAUACAGAACAAGACCCUACAGAAACAGGUGAUGGGCAGUCUGAAAAACAAGUGGAGUCUGAGCUGCCUGUCAAACAAGAGCCCGAGACUGCAGACAGCACUGAGAUUGCAAGUCAAGUGGUUGUGUCUGAGGAAGACACUGAAGAUCUUCAGGUUCAGAAGGAGGUAAAGCCUGCCCUUGGCGCAAAAGGGGUCACAGAUGAAGAACCCGAAGAACUGCCCAAAAGCAAACCUGAGUCUGAGAUUUAUGACCCAAAUGCACUGUAUUGUAUUUGUCGUCAGCCUCAUAACAACAGGUUUAUGAUUUGUUGUGAUAGAUGUGAGGAAUGGUUUCAUGGUGACUGUGUGGGUAUUUCUGAGGCUCGAGGGCGAUUGUUGGAAAGGAAUGGUGAGGACUAUAUCUGUCCAAACUGCACCAUUCUGCAGGGACAGGAUGAGCCUGUUUCAGAAAUAGACCAGCAGGAAGCUAAAGCGGGGCAAGUAAAUAUGGAUGGCACAGAAUUCACAAGCAUAGGAACAAUCGAACAAAAAUCUGUUGAGGACCAAGGAAUCAAGGGUAGGAUUGAAAAAGCUGCAAAUCCAAGCGGGAAGAAAAAACUAAAGAUAUUUCAACCUGUAAUUGAAGCUCCUGGUGCAUCGAAGUGCAUUGGUCCUGGCUGUUUUAAUUUGGCUCAGCCUGAUUCUGUGUAUUGCAGCAAUGACUGCAUUCUUAAACACGCUGCAGCCACUAUGAAGUUUUUAAGUGCUGGCAAAGAUGCAAAACCAAAACCUAAAGAGAAGAUCAAACCAAAAUCUGAAAAACCUGGCAUGCCAAAAUCUCAGCUGCAGGCAGGUAUUAAGCCUCUUUCAAACCAAAAGAGACAAUUCCCUGAGAAAAGAGAGAUGAAUAUGAAGAAGACUGUUUUGACAACUUCCAAGACUGAGGCAAACGCUCAACCUAUUGCUAAAGAGCCAGCAGCAGAAAACAGCACACCGUCCUGGGCAAGCGAUCAUAAUUACAAUGCUGUAAAGCCUGAAAGGACUGCUGCCAUUUCAUCUUCACUGUUGUUCAAAUCUCAAAGGGAAGAGAAAAAGCAUGAAGAUAGAGCAGAGCCUACAUCGGCAUCGAAGAAAGCUGUUGCAUCUAUAAUGGAGAAACAGACGUCUUCUCUCACUAAAAAUCUUCCUUCGAAGAAGUCCCCAUCCUUCUCUAACACGCCACUAACUAAGCAACCACUUAAACCUUCUGCUGGGAGUUUCAAAGGUGUAAUUCCCAAGAAACCUUGGCCUUCAUCAGGCAGUGUUCCUUCAAAACAUUCAUCUCUUUCUCAUGUUUCAGCAUUUUCCAAAAAACCAGCUACAUCUUCCAGUUUGGGUGGAGGACUCAAAAAGCCUUCGCUGUCUUCCAUUUCUACCGCAGCUGGAAGUAGUCAAGCAAAAGCGUCAGCUAACCCUAUGCAGUCACAACCCAACUCUCAGAUUCGACAAAAUAUUCGACGGUCCCUAAAGGAAAUUUUGUGGAAGAGAGUCAAUGAUAGCGAUGAUCUGGUAAUGACAGAGAGCGAAGAAGGGAAAGUAGCGCUCAACAUUGUAAAGGAGAUGUUUAAUUUGUUUCAAGUUACGGACAACAGAUACAAGAGUAAAUACCGUAGCAUCAUGUUCAAUCUGAAGGACCCGAAAAACCAGGGACUUUUUCAUCGUGUCCUUCGUGAGGAAAUCUCACUGUCAAAACUAGUGAGAAUGAAACCAGAAGAACUUUUAUCUAAAGAACUGUCUGUAUGGAAAGAGAAACCAGCUAAAGCAAUGAUAGAGUCAAGAAGCAAAUCUCAUGAAAUCAAGAAAACAUCUGUAAAACGGGAACAUGUACAAGUUGUAAAUAUGGAAGAUUCUCCGCCGGUAUCUGAUUCUGAUGAGCAGCAAGAGUCAGCCCGAGCUGCACCAAAUUUGAACAGUGCUCCUUCUCUAGAUGUUUUUAGCAGUAUGUUGAAGGAUACAACGAGUCAACAUCGAGCCCAUCUUUUUGACCUGAACUGCAAAAUCUGUACAGGUCAAAUUUCAGCAUCCGAAGACGAAGUACCACCUAAGAAGAUAAAGUCAGUGGCUCCAGUUAAAAAGGUGGAGUCGAAAUCAAAACCAGAAGUUCAGCCAAAGUAUGAAAGUUCUGCACCAACCCCAACAGCAGAGCCUGCCAAGGAGGCUGUUGCUGAAAAUGCAAUGGAAACUGAAGUUGGACCGGUAGCAGAAACCGCUCCUCAGUCAAGUGUAGAAAGAACUUACAUUCCUACAACCCAGGGCCAUAACAGUACAGACUCCUCCAUACCUGAAGAGGCUUCUGCUUUUCCUGCCUCUUGUGCUGGUGGAGUUGUGACAACCGUCACAGUUUCUGGCAGAGACCCGAGGACAGCAAUGAGCAGCUCCUCUGGUAUGGCGACACCAGCCCUGCGUUCUGGUCCUGCAUCUGACAAAGUUUCAACAGGGGAAACGAAACAGGAAACUUCCAAACCAGUUAUGACUGUCCCCAAAUCAAUAUUAACAAAACCAUCAUCCUCACCAGAUCCAAGAUACUUAGCAGUUCAUCAGUCGCCCAAUAUCAAUGUUGCAGAGCCACGCUCACCUCAAGACAGCGAUACUUCCCUCUUUCUCUCUCGUCUCAACACCAUUUGGAAAGGAUUUAUUAACAUGCAAAGUGUGGCCAAAUUUGUCACUAAAGCAUAUCCUGUCUCCGGGUGUUUUGAUUAUCUUAGCGAGGAUUUACCAGAUACAAUUCAUAUUGGUGGGAGGAUCUCACCGAAGACGGUCUGGGAUUAUGUUGGCAAACUCAAAUCUUCGCUUUCUAAGGAAUUGUGUUUGAUUCGUUUCCAUCCUGCAACAGAAGAAGAAGAAGUUGCCUAUAUAUCUCUCUACUCCUAUUUUAGCAGUCGUGGUCGUUUUGGUGUUGUAGCUAAUAACAACAGACAUGUCAAGGAUCUCUACCUGAUCCCCCUGAGUUCUAAGGACCCAAUUCCUUCCAAACUCUUGCCCUUUGAGGGACCAGGUCUUGAGUCAUCUCGGCCAAAUUUAAUUCUUGGAUUGGUUAUCUGUCAGAAAGGGAAACGUCUUGCCACUGGCAUUGAAACAGAGAAGAUAGAGGAAAAGCGAAGCAGAAUUCAAGCACACGAGGAAACCGAAUCAUCGCUGUUCUCUAAAGGGCCACUGGCUGCUUCGCAAGAGAAGAAAGCUCCAAAAUACGCGCUUUAUUCGGGAGAUUCAACCGUAAGUACAACACCACCUGGAUCUCCUCCACCUCCACCCCCACUUCCCGUUCCAGACACCUCGGCAGUUACACCGUCAGUAUUAAAGAUCCUGUCCUCAAUUAAAAGUGGAACCACAACUACUGUAACACCACCAGUUCCAACCGCUGCUUCUGCAAGCGUUACUGCUACGCAUUCUUCAUCCUCAAAAACUGCCACGCCCCUCGAGCACAUCCUGCAGACACUUUUUGGGAAAAAGAAAACUUUUGAGCCUCUCGCUAAGGAUUCUGAAACUGUCCAGUCUUCAAAUCAGGAAGGUCCAGCUGCUGCCGAUGGAGGAAUGUCAGCUGUUCCGCUGCUAGAUCCCAUUGUGCAACAGUUUGGACAGAUGUCGAAAGACAGAGCUAUAGAAGAGGAGGAGGAUGACAGGCCAUACGAUCCUGAGGAAGAAUAUGGUCCAGAGAAAGCUUUUGAAAUGCAGACCGGUGAAAGCGAAAAACGAUACAACACGGAAAAGCCAUCUAAUACAGCAGAACUAGAGGAUGAGGCCUACGAUCCAGAAGAUGAAACUAUCCUGGAAGAAGCGAAAGUUACUGUUGAUGAUUUACCUAACAAAAUGUAUACAGACACGAAAAGCAAUUCUUUGGAAACCUCUGCCUCAUACGUGCCUGAUCUAUCUGCAUCCUCAUCCUUAGUAGAACAGCAAAAAAUGUUGGAAGAAUUAAACAAACAAAUUGAAGAACAGAAAAGACAACUCGAGGAACAAGAAGAAGCCCUCAGACAACAAAGAGCAGCUGUUGGUGUUUCAAUGGCUCAUUUUUCAGUGUCUGAUGCUUUAAUGUCACCACCACCAAAAUCUUCCCUAAUGAAGACUGAAUUAUUCCAUCAGGACCAGCAAGCUACACAAAAAGUAGAUUUACCAUUGUCUUUAAAUCAGCAAGCACAAGUUCUAAACCAGGGCGGUGACCCAAGGCAGAAUAGAGAUCCUCGACAAGCUAGAAGAAUGGCGACAGAGACUAAUGACAACGUUGAUUCUCGAAUAAAGCCACAGGUGGUACAGAAUGAGAUAGCCACAAGAGAAAUCGCUCCAGCAAGUUUUCCAAAUGCUUUGCAGACUUCGCUUGGUAAGGAAGAUAAAACUUUAAUUUCUGCUACUCAGCCUGGUUUUAGUGGUGAUAAUUGGAUUUCAAGUGAAAAGGCUUCUACGGUGUCCCAGAAAGAGGCAUCUAAUAGCAAAUUUGAAAACACUGUUCAAGUUAAUUUGGAAAACAUGAGUCAAACAGCUUCUGGAGAACCUCCUACAUCCAAACCUUUACGUAAAGUGCUGCUUCCGACACCUCCGAGUACAUCUUUUCAGCCGAAUUUCUCCACAUCAAACGACGGUCAGUCUUUGCAAGAUAUGCAUAAAGUGCCAUGGUCAAAUGAGUCAAAGGAAGGAAUGGGAAGGGAUUCGUUUUCAAAUACAGUGUUUACUUCUCAGGAAAACGCAGCUGGUCACUUUGAGCCAGAGAGGGGUCUUUCAGCAGCGCAAUAUGAUGAACAAAGAAAUCCUCAGUCUCAUCCAUUUGUAGAACAAACUGAAUCUCCAUCAGUUCAGGGUGAGGGUGGACCUUCCCCACAGCACUUUGAAGAAAACCGAGCUGGACCUCCAUUUUCUUUGUCUGGGCAGAAAGGAGGGCCUCCAGCACCCCUGAUGCUCAAUGCACCCGGAGGACCUCAUGGACCUAAUUUUAGAGGACCGGCACCACAGUUCUCUGAAGAACACGGUUCUCCAAAUAAUGAUGGACAAAGAGGACCUCCAUCUGGAAGAUUUGGAGGUCAAAAGGGUCCCAUUCCUUCCUUAUUUUCUACACAGCAUGGACCACCAUCUCUUUUUGGUGAUAACAGGGGCCCUGCCCCUUCCUACCAUGGUGUUCCAAGAGGAAUGUCACCAUCUCAGUUUGAAGAUCGUAGGGAGCCUCACAUGGAACAAAGGGAAUUCUCAGAUUCCCAAUAUAAUGAAAUGAUUAGACCUCCAGGACAGUUCGAAGGACCAGAUCCACCUCAGUUUAUGGGAAACAGAGGACCUUCGCCUUUUCCUUUUGGAGGCCAAAGACGACCCCCACCAGCUCAGUUUAAAGGACAGAGAGGAGGCCCUCAGUUUGGAGGGCCAAGAGGUCCAGCCCCGAGUCAUUUUGGGGGACCAAGAGGGCCUCACGCAAAUCAAUUUGAAGGGCAGAGAGGUCCAGCUCCAAAUCAUGUACCUGGUCCAAGAGGACUUUUGCCGCAGCCAUUUGAAGAACGGAGAGGGAGUUCACCACCCAGAUUUGCCAACCAGAGAGGUCCAGCACCACUUCAGUUUGGAGGACCAAGAGGAGCCACACCUGCACUGUUUCCGGAAGAAAAUGAACCUCCCCCUUCGAGAUUUCAUUUCCAAGGUCAGUCACCACAAGGUAUGAAGCCAACCCCAAGACCACUCCUGGACCUUCCAAGCCAUCCACCAUCCCACAGAAAAGAGAUGUGGGAGGAAGCUGGACCAUCUGCAUCUCUUUCCAAUAUUUCUGGACAAGGAUCUGAGUCGGAAGGACAGUGGUCAGCACCUGACUUCCGAGAAGGCAAAAAUCCUGAAUUUAGAGGCCAGACAUUUGAAGGGAGACAGAGAGAGAGGUAUGAGGGAGGAAAUAAAGACAAGGGAUUAGAUCAGCCAGAGCCUCAGCAAGCAGAUAAUCGACAAGGUAGACCCUUCGAGGAAAGACGAAGGGAUCGAGAACACGGCAGACCUUGGGAAAGAGACCGUGGCAGAAACUGGAAUAGAGACAGGGACUGGGAGAGACACAGAGACAAGGAAUGGGAUAAAAACAGAGAGAGAAACCAAAACAAAGACAGAGACAAGGAUUCGGAGCGGGCUAAAGAAUGGGAAAGAAACAGAGACCGAGAGAGAGCAAGAACCAGAGACAGAGAUUCCUACAGGAGACGCGACAGAGAGCGAUCAAGAAGCAGAGACAGAGAUCGCGACAGAGAGAAGGACAGGGACCGGGAUCGAAGCAGGGAAAAAGACAGAGAUCGAGAGAGAGAUCGCGAUCGUGAAAGAGAAAGAGGAAAAGAUCGCAAAGACCGGAGUAAGAGUAGGGAAAUUGGUAAGGAGAUGAAGCCAGAAACACCGAAGGAAACUCAGAAACCAACGGAAGCAGAAGCUUCAUCUUCCACUAAUCAGUCAUAGAAAUAUGACUGAGAUUCUAUUUCCCAUCAAUAAUACACUUUUACACCACAGCAAGGACUGAAUCAGCAUCUUCUGUAUAUACUGUAUAUUCUCACCUUUACAAAAACGCUGUUGUAAAACUCGCCUUACGGAAUGUACUGACAAAUGAGCAAUUUCUGAACAACUGUGAAUGAAAAUACUCAAACCAGAUAAAAGGCAAGGACGUACUGGACUUUCACUUGCUGCAUUUUGUGCAUAAUGUUUUUCUUAUAAAAAUUCACAGCGUUACCUGUACUGAAAUUUUGUUUUUCUACUUGCAUCUUUAUCUUAAAAUUUCCAUUUACAGUACAGAAAUGGAAAAAAAAUCUAAGAAGAGCAUAUUGCUUUUUAAGAUUAUAAAGUUAUGUUUUCCAGUAACUUGAAUUGUAAUUUUAUAAGAGAAUUUAAUCCAGACCUUAGGAGCCAUACCUUUACAUCUCAUUUACAUGAUAUUUUGGUGUCAAAGUUGUUCCUACAGCACACACUUUAAAAGGAAAAAAAA